GUUCCUGGUCGGCUCAGUAUUCAGUCUGGUUUAGGUGUGAGAGGAUGAAGUUUAGCUGACUUUGUUUUGAAGUGCCCCUUUGACUGUUCCUGUCUCAUUAUGGCUGACUUUCCAGAUAAAAUUAACACUCAGACCAGUACAAGCAGCAGUGGGGUGAGCUCCAGAUUCGCCCCAGUCGCUGUGGACAUUCAUUUCCUCAAAUCCUCCAUUGGAAUAUUGAUGCUAGUCGAAUUAGCUUUUGGCUUGCUCGUGUGGGCAUUGAUUGCUGGUUCAAGAAUCUCACACGGUGAUGCUGCAUUCGGAUGGGUGAUCUUUGUAGCUGUAACCCUAUGGAUACUCACCAUUGUUAUCUUUGUCUUCUAUCUGCUGAGGCUGACUCCGAAACUGCCAAUGGUUCCAUGGGCUCAUCUGUGUCUGUACUUUAACUUGGGUGCUACAGUUCUGUACUUAACCGCCUUCAUUACCAAUGCAUCAUCUGUUGACCCAACAUCUCUUAAAGGGACUUACAGAUACAACAACAGAGCAGCUGCUGCGUUCUUUGCAGGUGUGGUGAUGAUAUCGUAUGGGAUAAGUACUUUCCUCUGCUUCCUGUCAAUGCGAGGACAAGGUAGCAAUGCAGCAACAAGUCAGGCAACUGGAAGUAAUUCAGCAUAAGAGUUUUGAAUCGAGCUGGAGGUUACAACAUAUUCUGCUAUACACUUUUAUUGAAAUAAAACAGAUUGUGCUGUCCCAGCGAUUUCCAAAAACAUCUCCAUUUCCAGCUCUUCAUUGAGGUUGGUUACAGUCUUUAAAUACACUGCAGAUACCAAGGAGCAGAAUACACCAUCUUGUUUUUGUUUUGGAUUUUUGACUUCUUGAUAAUGCAACCUUGUGUAAGGUUUGCCCUGUUAUAAUACUUCACUAAUAAUAUCACCAGUUUUGACUUUUACAUGAAGCAUUUAUAUGAUGUGUAAUCAAACUGCAUGGAAAUGAAUCGCAUCACCUGCAUUUUGGGGUAUUUAUUUGCGCAAUAGUCCCGAGUGCUGUUUAAACACCUUUAAGGCAUAAUGCACAUUGACUACUCCAAAUUGGAUAAAGGUGGUGUAGUGCUUGACUGGAUAGUCCAGGAGUUGGAUCUGAUUGGCUGGUUCUGAGUUUGCUUAUCUAGGGCAGAAACACUUGAGCUAGGGAGGGAUGGGGAACCCUAACUGAUCCUGAUCACCAUCUGGUAACACUUGCUGUUUUAUAUUAGUGUUGGUAGGCCAUGGCGACACAGCCUGCCAGUGCCCAGUAUUGUAACUUCACAGAUAGAGUGGAAUAUCAGAUUGGCAACACUGUCUAGAGUGGGUGGAGAUUGAAAAUCCAACUGUACCUUCUACAAAAUGUGAGGAAUAUUUGCCAUCAAGUGUGCAGUACAAUUCAAAGAUACUUGUAUCAUCAAGGAGUAAAAUGCAGGUUUUUCAAAUUGAUCUUCCAAGUCCCUCAGAAUGCAGAGAAUUUUCCAACACUAGAGCCAUUUACUGUCACUGAACAAACUGCUUUAAUCACUCUCAGUUUAUCCAUUAGUUUGGAGGUGUGAACUACAGAGAUUCUACUCACUCUAGAAAUUAGUUUUAAAGGAAUUAAAACUAUUGUGAACUUCACACAAAGGUUUGGAUCACACUUAUUGUUCUUACUGCUAUCAUUAAACCACUGAUGACAGUAGAUAUAGUUCAAGUGCAUUGGAGUUCUAAUGUUUAAAGUCAAGACUGUCGAGUGUAGGGAGGUAAGAUGAGGUGGGAUUGGGAGGAGACAGAGGGGCAAGGGUGCUAAAGUACUGCUGAGAUGCUGAUCUCUUCUAUUGUGGAGGUACCUGAGGAGAAAUUCAAAGUUUCAGUGUGCCAUGGCCCUAAUCUAUGAUUGACAUGUGGCUCAGGAAACAUCAGCCACAGCAGAAUACAAACUCUUUUUUUGGAUAUUUGGUAUCAUUCAAAAAUAAAAUGAAACAAACCAAGGUGCUUAAUCUGAAAACAAAAAGACAGAAGCAUAAACAGGUUGGUCAAAGCAGAGUCUUGAAAGGAGAGGGAGAUGAACAGGAUGGGUUAAGGGAGGGAGUCCAGAACAUGAGGCCCUGGUGGUGAAGCCAUGCCUGGAAAUGUUGGAAUGAGGAAAGCAUUAGAAAGUAGACCAGAGCCAGGGGAACACUGAGAAUAUGGUGUGAGGGGGUCAGAGGGCUGGAGGAGAUGGAUUGAUUUUUGUGGGGUUCAGUGAACAGAAAAUGAACACUUUUUGUCUGUAUCACUAAAGUGUAUGGCUCUGCAAGUGUGCAUGCUGCAAUUUCAAAACUUAAUAUAGGGCAAUGGGGAAGAAAAGUUAAAUUGUGCAAAGAUCGCAGUAGCGAUAUUCCAAAAUAGAUUUGGGUUUCUGCUAGCUUAGAGUCUAAAACCAUUGUAUUUAUAGCAGCAAAACUUUUACUUCAAAAUGUGGGAACUUGGUCAACAUGAGAAAUUACUAUUUCAAAGCAGUCCUCAUUUGGACAGGUCAGCUGUAAUGUUGUUCAAGUGCUCCUAGUAUUAUAAAAAUGUACCUACUCCAGUAUGUGUAUUAUAUAUUUACAAUUUGUUUUUCUGUAUUUCAUUUGUUAG